CAGUCCUGGCGAUUAAGUUGUGUAUUAAUUUAUAUAAAACUUUCGAAAAAGCCUUAAGUUGUAUUAAUAGAAAAAUAUUGCUAUAAUCAAAACCUUAAAUACGGCGAAUUUGUCUUUUCCACGGAUGCCACUUUGAUUAAAUAUUUUAUUAACUAUGGGCUAAGAAAAAUAUUUUAUAUCAUAUAUUUAUUAAAUAUUACGAUCAACGCUGUGGAAAUAUUUGUAAAUAAUUGCGAAAAAGCAGUUUAAAUUCUAAAUUGGAAUACUUCUUGCCUAAUAACGGCUUAACCAAGUCCGAACCCAAAUAUCUAAAUUAGUUAUAAUAAUGGCAGCCUGGUUGUAAUUGACAUCUGAUAAUAUGUUUGUCUCUCUCUUUGCGUUUGACAAUUAUGCGUAGCGUCUGUCAGAAAAAUUUUCGCUAACGAAUUCGGCUUCUGCACACACACCAAAAAAAAUUGUGUUUUUUCAAUCAUUGUGCUUAAAAAUAUAUACUAUUAACAAAAGAUUUUGGAAAUAUUCAUCAUUAAUAUCAUUGAGUAAUUACUAACUAGCUAUAAAAUGGGUUCAGAAGACCGUGAUAGGCGCCGACAUAGAUCGCGUUCAAGGGAACGCGACCGAGAACGCGAUUAUCGUCGUUCACGCUCUCGCGAUCGUAAGCGCGAGGGUGCUGCUGCUGGCCGUGAUCGGCACACACGUUCGCGACGGAGAAAACCUUCAUUAUAUUGGGAUGUACCACCGCCAGGUUUUGAACAUAUUACCCCCAUGCAGUACAAAGCAAUGCAGGCAGCCGGUCAGAUACCGGCAAAUGCUGUACCCGAAAUUCCACAAGCCGCCGUGCCGGUUGUGGGUUCAACCAUAACGCGACAGGCACGUCGUCUCUACGUGGGCAAUAUACCGUUCGGUGUUACCGAAGAUGAAAUGAUGGAAUUCUUCAAUCAACAAAUGCACUUGACGGGUCUGGCACAAGCGGCUGGCAGUCCAGUUUUGGCAUGUCAGAUUAAUUUGGAUAAGAAUUUCGCUUUCUUAGAAUUUCGUUCGACUGAUGAGACCACACAGGCAAUGGCAUUUGAUGGCAUCAACUUUAAGGGUCAGAGUUUGAAAAUACGACGCCCACAUGAUUAUCAACCCAUGCCCGGUGUAGCUGAUGCGCCGCCAAUAACGGCGCCAGUAGCUAAUGGUGUCAUUUCGACCGUUGUGCCAGAUUCACCGCACAAGAUUUUCAUUGGUGGCCUGCCUAAUUAUUUGAAUGAAGAGCAGGUAAAAGAGUUGCUACUCUCAUUUGGUCAAUUGCGCGCUUUCAAUCUGGUAAAGGAUGCCGCCACCGGUUUGAGCAAAGGCUAUGCCUUCUCUGAGUACGUUGAUCACAGCAUAACCGAUCAGGCUAUUGCCGGUCUGAAUGGCAUGCAACUGGGCGAUAAGAAGUUGAUAGUACAACGCGCCAGUGUUGGUGCGAAGAAUGCACAGAAUAGCGCCACUACCGCUGCGCCGGUCAUGAUACAAGUACCCGGCAUGUCGAUGGUCGGUACCUCGGGUCCACCGACUGAAGUGUUGUGCUUGUUGAAUAUGGUCACGCCGGAUGAGUUGCGUGAUGAAGAGGAGUACGAAGAUAUUUUGGAGGAUAUCAAAGAGGAAUGCAAUAAGUAUGGCGUUGUGCGUAGCGUAGAAAUACCACGUCCCAUUGAGGGUGUUGAUGUGCCCGGUUGUGGCAAAGUGUUUGUUGAAUUCAAUUCCGUUAUGGACUGUCAGAAGGCACAACAAGCGUUGACCGGUCGUAAGUUUAGCGAUCGCGUUGUCGUCACAUCAUACUUUGAUCCGGAUAAAUAUCAUCGCCGUGAAUUUUAAGGCGCAAGUGGUAAAUGGCACGUACGCACCCCUUCAAAUUCUUUAAACCCAAAUGUAUGUCAAUCAUUUACACACAUUUGCAAAUAUAUAGUCUUUAUAAAUGUGAGUGGAUAACUGAAUUUAGUUUUUAAAGGGAAACGCAAGGUUAAAAAGCAAGCAGAAUAUACGUAUAUUAUAAUUGAAAUUUAUUUACGCAAUUUGUUUCGAUAACUAUAAUUAUUGGUAUUCGGAAUGGUGGUAACUAAUAAAGGCAACACUUUUGGUAAAUAUACU